AUGGAAGCACGUGACAAUAGUUUUGAUCUUGCCACAAUACACAAACCCAGACAACAACAACAACAACAACACCCGCUGACAGGACAGCACACACUCACACAACAAGAACCCCAACUCUUUCAUCCUUCGGCACCCUCAUUUCUGGCCCGUCAACGCAGCGGCCAACGGUGGCUGUCAUCGUCGUCGUCGUCAUCGUUCUCUAUGUCGACAACGGCACCGCCACCACGCGAACAUUAUCCGUUGCGGCACCAGCCAAUGUCCUAUCCACAGGCACGACCACACACCCAGCACCCACACACGUACACCCAUUCCUUUGCGCCUGCCACACGCUCCCAUCAUCACGAACAUCAGCGCAGCACAUCAUUUGUGAAUCCGGCGUACAGCAAAGGCGGCGACAACCGAAACAGAAUCCGAGCCACUGGCUCGGCACUGGACGACCACGACGAUUGGUCAUCGUCAUCCUUCUCGAAGAUCGAGGCAGUCACGCAUGGCAUACGUAAUAAGAUCAUUGUUGAGGAGGACGAGGAGGAUAUACAGAGCACGGAUCGGUUUUAUUGA